GGACAGCAGUCGCUGGAGGUGCCAGAGGUGUGACUGAGUGAGGAGACGCACUACCAGUUGGUGCUUUGCCAUCAUCCAUAUUUUGGAUUUUUUUUAAGGAGAUUUAAUUCAGAAGAGUUAAUCCGAAAGAGUGUGAACGGAACGGGUUUUGUAGUUUCUUCACUUUCUUUUCGGUUUGAACUGUGACUCGGAGGCAGUGUUUCUCUUGGAGUUUCCUCACGGUGGUCCGAGAUGCUCUCCGUGUGGCGGCUCUGGGUUCCGUUGGUGACGGCGGUGCUGCUUGGCAGGGCGGCGCGCGGCGGCUACGGCCUCAGCAUGUUCGCCGCUCAGUCCUCUCCACCGGACCCCUGCUACGACGAGAACGGGACCCCCCGCCGCUGCAUCCCGGACUUCGUCAACUCCGCGUUCGGCAAGGACGUGCGCGUGUCCAGCACCUGCGGGAGCCCCGCUGCGCGCUACUGCGUGGCGGCGGAGAAGGGCCCCGAGGAGGAAGAGGCGGAAGAGGAGGAAGAGGAGGAGGAGGAGGAGAGGACGCGGGAGUGCCACACGUGCGACGCGGAGGAUCCCAAGAAGGCGCACCCGCCGGCCUACCUCACUGACCUUAACAACCCGCACAACCUGACCUGCUGGCGCUCCGAGAACUUCGUGCAGUUCCCGCACAAUGUCACGCUCACGCUGUCGCUGGGGAAGAAGUUCGAGGUGACGUACGUGAGCCUCCAGUUCUGCUCGCCGCGGCCCGAGUCCAUGGCCAUCUUCAAGUCCAUGGACUACGGCAAGUCCUGGGUGCCGUUCCAGUUCUACUCCACGCAGUGUAAGAAGAUGUUCGGGCGGCAGAACAAGGCGAGCAUCACCAAGCAGAACGAGCAGGAGGCCAUCUGCACCGACUCCCACACCGACCGGCACCCGCUGACCGGGGGGCUGAUCGCCUUCAGCACGCUGGACGGCAGACCCUCGGCGCACGACUUCGACAACUCGCCGGUGCUGCAGGACUGGGUGACGGCCACGGACGUCAAGGUGACGUUCAGCCGGCUACACACGCUCGGGGACGAGAAUGAGGACGACUCGGAGCUGGCGCGCGACUCGUACUUUUACGCUGUGUCGGACCUGCAGGUGGGCGGCCGCUGCAAGUGCAACGGCCACGCGUCCAAGUGCGUCCGGGACCGUGACGGGAACCUGGUGUGCGAGUGCAAGCACCACACGGCGGGGCCGGAGUGCGACCGAUGUAAGCCGUUCCACUACGACCGGCCCUGGCAGCGCGCCACCGCCCGCGAGGCCAACGACUGCGUCGCCUGUCACUGUAACCUCCACGCGCGACGCUGUCGGUUCAACAUGGAGCUGUACAAGCUGUCCGGUCGCCGCAGUGGGGGUGUUUGCCUGAACUGCCGCCACAACACAGCGGGCCGCCACUGCCACUACUGCAAGGAGGGCUACUACCGCGACAUGACCAAGGCCAUCUCGCACCGCCGCGCCUGCAAAGCGUGUGACUGCCACCCGGUGGGGGCUGCGGGUAAGACGUGUAACCAGACAACGGGUCAGUGCCCAUGCAAGGACGGGGUGACGGGCAUCACCUGCAACCGCUGCGCCAAGGGCUACCAGCAGAGCCGCUCGCCCAUUGCCCCCUGCAUCAAGAUCCCUGUAGCCUCUCCGACGGUAUCCUACAGCAGUCCAGACGAGCCUUCAGACUGUGAUUCUUACUGCAAGACCUCCAAGGGGAAGCUGAAGAUCACGAUGAAGAAGUACUGCAAGAAAGAUUUUGCGGUCCAAGCCCAUGUCCUGAAGGGGGAAAAGGCGGGCGAGUGGUGGCGGUUCACCGUCAACCUGAUCUCCGUCUACAAGCAAGGCGAGCGGCGGCUGCGGCGCGGGGACACCCUGCUGUGGGUGCGGGCCAAGGACCUGGCCUGCCGCUGUCCCAAGAUCAAACCCGGCCGCAAGUACCUGCUGCUGGGCUCGGACGACGAGGAGGAGCGGGCGCCCGGGCCGGGGGGCCUGGUGGCGGACCGCAGCAGCCUGCUCAUCCCCUGGAAGGACCUCUGGGGCCGGCGGCUCAGGAAGUUCCAGCAGCGCGACAAGAGGGGGAAAUGCUGA